UCACAAUCUGAAGGAAAAAAAAUGGAAAGAUCAAACUUCAGCAUGCGUCUUUUACUUCUUAUACUUUUAGUCUCUUUAGCUCGGUCUGCAGAUUCAAGUUCAUCUCAUGAGAUGUUCUUGCAAUGCUUUUCAUCUCAUAUCCAGCAUUCCAAAUCAUAUUCAGAAGUUAUCCUUACUAAAAAUAGCUCUGCUUACUCAUCGGUUCUGCAGUCAUCCAUUCGAAAUUUCAGAUUCUUGAACACUUCAACUCUGAAACCUCAAUUUAUAAUCACUCCAUUUAAUGAGUUUGAAAUCCAAGCAGCCAUUGUUUGUGCCAAGAAAUAUGAUAUGCAAAUAAGAGUUCGAAGUGGAGGCCACGACUACGAGGGCCUGUCUUUCCUGUCUUAUCAAGAAUUUGUACUUGUUGAUCUUGCUGAACUUAGUUCCAUCAGUGUUGACAUCGAGAAUGAGACGGCAUGGAUCGGGGCAGGUGCAAGCAUAGGAGAGUUAUAUUACAGAAUUGCGGAGAAAAGCAAGGUUCAUGGCUUCCCGGCAGGUACUUGUCCUACGGUAGGAGUUGGGGGACACUUCAGUGGAGGUGGAUUUGGUACCAUAUUCAGGAAGUAUGGCUUAGCAGCUGAUAAUCUUAUUGAUGCUAGGAUAGUUGAUGCUAAUGGAAGAAUUCUUGAUAGAGAAUCAAUGGGAGAAGAUCUUUUUUGGGCCAUUCGAGGAGGGGGAGCGGCUAGCUUUGGAGUCGUUUUCUCAUGGAAAGUUAGAUUGGUUUCGGUUCCUCCAACUGUAACUGUUUUCAAUAUCGGAAAGACCUUACAGCAAGGUGCAUCCAAUCUUCUUCACAAGUGGCAAAACAUUGGAGAUAAGCUUCAUGAAGACCUUUUCCUCCAUGCUACUAUAGCAGUUGCUACCUCUAGCCCCAAUGGCAAUAAAACUAUUCAAGUUUCGUUUGUGUCAUUGUUUCUUGGCAGGGCUGAGGAACUUCUCCCUAUGAUGCAAGAUAGCUUCCCUGAGUUGGGCUUAAUGCGCGAAAACUGCAGUGAAAUGAGUUGGAUCCAAUCUGUCCUCUAUUUUGGUGGCUUCUCACCAAGUGACUCCUUAGAUGUUCUACUUAGCAGGACUGCUCAGUUUAAGGGAUUCUUCAAAGGGAAAUCGGAUUACGUUAAGGAACCUAUUUCAGAAACUGGCCUGGAAGGGCUGUAUAAAAGGCUCCUUGAAGAGGAGACGUCAAUGUUGAUCUUGACACCUUAUGGAGGGAGAAUGAGUGAGAUUUCGGACUCAGAAACACCUUUCCCACAUAGAAGUGGGAAUAUUUUCGAAAUCCAGUACAUUAUAACUUGGGAUGUGGAAGAGGAAACAGAGAAGAACCUAAAAUGGAUGAGAAAACUGUAUGCCUACAUGGCCCCUUACGUUUCAAACUCACCAAGAGCUGCCUAUCUCAACUACAGAGAUCUUGAUUUGGGCAGGAAUAAUUAUGGAAAUACCAGCUUUGCGAAGGCAAGUGUUUGGGGCUUGAAGUAUUUCAAGAACAACUUUAAGAGACUAGCGCGGGUUAAGACUGCAACAGAUCCUUCCAAUUUCUUCAGGAAUGAACAAAGCAUUCCUGUGCUGCAAAGAAAAAGGAACCUCAAAUAAACUUUACCCCAAGAUAUUGUACAACAUAUUGGUAACAACAGGAUAGAUAUUAAUAAACUAUUUAGCAAAUUUUAAGUUAAAGUCAAAAGCCUCAAGAGAAAUGCUAAAUCUCAAUUUAUUGUUUGCUUCCAGUUGUAG